UAUUUGGGCAUUGCAUUCAUGGUUUUCUAUUGAAGAAAGCAUACAGGCUUAUGCAACAUUGUGCCAUCAUUUUAGCAGGUUUCUAUCUGAAACAGGAGGAGACUGAAAUAGAUAACAAGAGGAAAAGCAGCUUAACUUUCACUAUAGUGCACAGCAGAAGAGUUGAGUGUCAAGACCAUAUAAUCCCUUGGAAACAGAAAGAUGAAGCGUAAAAAUGCCCGAGAUGUCGAAGAGACAUUCUUUAAGGGUCAACAUUUGAGAUUGUGUGACCUAAAAAAGGAGAAUAUAGAGCAUAUGUACCUGUACAAGACAAACAUUCCUGCUUAUCCUGAAUCAGUGGAAUUCCAUGCACAGAAGUUGUCCCAUGUCACUGGGAGACAUGGGCUUGAGGGUAUUUUUCACGAAUUAGGGUUUAGACAGCCAUCAGAGACGUCUGGUCUCCUCUGGUUUGAAUUGUCACUCACGUCUUACGACAUAUGGUCAGCUGAGCGACGUUUUCUUAAAUCAUUAUCUUCUCGUACCCAGUUGCCCAUCCUUAAAGACUUCACCACAUCCAAGGCCUUCCAGAAAGGAUCUCCGUAUGGAAACUUCCGCUUCACGUUUUCAAUUCGAGAGCUCCUGUAUUUCUAUGGCGCCCAGUUCUGUGGUGGGUGCAGUCCAGUUCUGCAUGUUUAUGAGACGGUGUUGUACCGGCAAGAGAUUCUCUAUUCAAUUGUAGUGCAUCCUCGUAACAUUCAAAUUUAUGACCGUUACCCUCGACUUCCUGAUAUUGGUGAUGGUGUGUGUGGGUACCUUGAUGGUACCAUAUGGUGGCGUUGUCAGGCCCCCUCUGAAACCUACAAGCAUAGGCUUAAUAUAAACCAGUGGAAUUCCCAUGUUCAUGUAAGCCCCCAUAAAGAAGAAUAUUUUGUGUGGGAUCAUGUGUGUGUAGCCUUUCACAUGGAGCCGGGGUGGGUGUUGCAUGUGGAUCAGGACAGGCUACUUAAAAGAGUAAAUGUGUGUCAAGUGUCUCGGCCUUGUCUCCUAAAAGACCCAGAGACCCCAUUGAGUUUACAUGAGGCUAAGAAUAUUCUAACCAAUCUUAAAGCCAGUAUGGGCUAGGCUGGGGCUUUGAACAAAACACAUUUACAAAGAAUGUCAAAGAAUAAUGAUGCCACAUAUGCUAGUUACACCAUUGACAACACCACUUAUUAUAGGCUUAAUGAAGAAAUAUCAAGUGCACAUCAUUUCUCAUUUUAAGUAACUUUUAAAAUGCCAUCUUGGGCCUGCUUAUUUAACCGAGGUUAAUAAAGGUCUCCCUUGUUCAAUAAUAUUGUUACAGUUUUUUUAUUGUCCACCAGAGGUCUGUGUUGCAUUGCUGGUGUUAUUGCUUUGUCUCGUCAUACUGUAUCUAGUCACAGUUUUUCAACACCAAAGUGUCAUUAUAAUAUGUCAGCAUUCUUAAAUUCACCGUUAUUUUUAUUCCUUAAGAGUUUUCUUUUGUACAUUUAUAGUUUAAUUAAAAUCUGUCUUAAAUCACACAUGGUUUGUUGCAGAAAUUUAUUUUACAGCUUUGAAUCUAAUCUAAUGCUCUUUUGGUGAUCUUUGAUCAGUUAUGUUACUUGAUGUCAAGUUGUUCGGUUGUUAAACCAAUAAAUUAUUUAUGUAUUCA